GAUUGUGGGAAAGACAUGGGGUGGGAGCAGGCAGGGUGCAAGGACACAACCCUGCUGCCAUCCCACAAGGUCCCCUUUCCACUGGCAGGUGACCUUGGAUCCAGCAUCAGGAUGGCAAACUCGACACAUGGCAACAGAGGCCUCCCUAGUGCAGAGCUCUGGGCCUCCCAUAACAAGAUGGUAAUGGAGCCACUGGAAACCAGUGACCCAGAGGUGCACAGCAUCAUCAAGAAGGAGAAGCAGCGGCAGAAGCUGGGGCUGGAGUUAAUCGCAUCAGAGAACUUUGCAAGCAGAGCAGUCCUGGAGGCUCUGGGAUCCUGCAUGAACAACAAAUACUCUGAGGGCUACCCAGGACAGAGGUACUACGGUGGGACGGAGUUUGUGGAUGAGCUGGAGAGGCUGUGCCAGAAGCGAGCGCUGCAGGCAUACCAGCUCGACCCUCAGAAGUGGGGUGUUAAUGUCCAGCCCUACUCAGGGUCACCCGCCAACUUUGCGGUGUACACGGCCCUAGUGGAGCCCCACGGCAGGAUCAUGGGGCUGGACCUACCCGAUGGGGGCCACCUCACCCAUGGAUUCAUGACUGACAAGAAGAAGAUCUCUGCCACCUCUGUCUUCUUUGAGUCCAUGCCCUACAAGGUCAACCCCAAGACUGGAUACAUUGACUACGACCGGCUGGAGGAGAAUGCCCGCCUCUUCCACCCCAAGCUGAUUGUAGCAGGUGUCAGCUGCUACUCACGCAACCUGGACUAUGCCCGCAUGCGGAGGAUUGCUGAUGCCAACGGUGCUUAUCUCAUGGCUGACAUGGCCCACAUCAGCGGGCUGGUGGCUGCUGGCGUGGUGCCCUCCCCAUUUGACCACUGUGACGUUGUAUCCACCACCACCCACAAGACCUUGCGGGGCUGCAGGGCUGGCAUGAUCUUCUACCGAAAAGGCACCCGCAGUGUGGACCCCAAGACAGGCAAGGAAACCCUCUACAACCUGGAGAGCCUCAUCAACCAGGCAGUGUUCCCGGGGCUGCAAGGAGGCCCACACAACCACGCCAUUGCAGGCAUUGCCGUGGCCCUGCAGCAGGCCAUGACACCUGAGUUCAAGGCUUAUCAGCAGCAGGUGGUGGCAAACUGCCAGGCACUCUCAGCUGCCCUGAUGGAGCUGGGCUAUGACAUUGUCACAGGGGGCUCUGACAACCACCUGAUUCUCCUGGACCUGCGCAACAGAGGCACAGAUGGUGGCCGGGCCGAGCGGGUGCUGGAGAUCUGCUCCAUCGCCUGCAACAAGAACACGUGCCCUGGUGACAUCAGUGCCCUGCGCCCCAGCGGGCUGCGGUUUGGGACACCAGCGCUCACCUCCCGAGGCUUCCGGCAGGACGACUUCCGCAGGGUGGCUCAGUACAUCCACAGAGGGAUUGAGCUGACGCUGCGUGUGCAGAAGGACAUGAGCCCCAAGGCCACACUGAAGGAAUUCAAGGACAAAGUGGAGGAGGACAAAUACCGAGCAGACCUGAAGGCAUUGAAAGAAGAGGUGGAAGCCUUUGCCGCGACCUUCCCACUCCCAGGGCUGCCUGUCCUGUAAGGGAGGCACCCAUGCCCGCUGCUGGAGCCACGGAAGUUCCUGGGAUGUGGCACACUCACACCCCCACCAGCACCUCCCUACCAGCACUGGCUGUGCUGCAGCAGCAGUUCCUCAUUUGGCUUUUGUUCAACUCUCCCCUCCCAUGUGGGGCACAGAGCCUCCUAAGCACGACCCCUCCACGGGGAAAACAGCUCUUUCCCUGUUCAGUAUCACAACUGGGACCAAGGAAGCCCUCAGCCUUAUGACCAGGUUUGCUGUCCUGCCUGCGGAGCAGCAGAUGAAAUGUGGAGGGGACUUAGGGGACCACGUCUGUAGCCAGGCAU